UCUCACUCUCUCUCUCUCAAACUGAGCUCUGACACAGUGGAGAAGAAAUUGCUCAAAGAAAAAAUGGUAAAAGGGUUGCAGCAACAAUGAAUGGGAUUUUUCUCAUCGUUGGGAGACACUGGGAUGAAAUUGGUGUCCAUUUGGACUUAAGUAAAGCCUAGAGACCUCAUUUAGAAAGCCAGGAAAAACAUAUUUCAGUUGGUGUCCUUAUCUAGUCAUCUCCUGCUUUGCUUUGCUGUUCAGAAAGUGUUUCCCAACCGUGUGGCCAAACACAGACAUAGCUCCACAGUGAAUUUCGCAACGAGGAGUAAGUUCUGCUUAUGAGAAGAAUGCAAAAAUGGCUGACUUAACAUUGCUGGGAGCUAACAACUUUCGCCGCUUCACUCCUGAAUCCUUGGUUGCCAUUGAGAAACGCAUCGCGGCCAAGAAAGCAUGCGGAGACCCACCCCCUGCAGAGAAGCAACGCCCUCAGCUUGACCUACAGGUAUUCCAGAAGCUGCCUGCCCUGUAUGGAAACCCACCUCUGGAGCUCAUUGGAGAACCUCUUGAGGAUCUUGACCCCUACUAUCAUGAUCAUAAGACAUUUAUGGUGUUGAACAAAGGGAAAGCCAUCUUCCGAUUUACAGCCACUCGUGCUUUGUACAUCUUUAGCCCUUUUCAUCCAAUCAGACGAAUGGUAAUUAAGGUUUUGGUACAUUCAUUGUUCACUAUGUUUAUUAUGGUCACUAUUUUCACCAAUUGUGUCUUCAUGGCUCUUGCGGACGUGCAGUCAAAUAGCAGCGAGACUUCCUCGACGAAGUAUGUUGAGUAUACUUUCACGGCCAUUUAUUCCUUCGAAUGUCUAAUCAAGAUAUUGGCAAGAGGGUUUUGCUUGAAUGAAUUCACCUUCCUCCGAGACCCAUGGAACUGGCUGGAUUUCAGCGUUAUCGUGAUGGCACUUUUGGGAGAGUUUAUUGACAUGGGUGGUGUUUCCGUUCUUCGGAUGUUCCGGGUGCUGAGAGCUUUGAAAACCGUUUCCAUUAUCCCAGGUCUGAAAGUCAUUGUAGGUGCCCUUAUCCAGUCUGUUAAGAAACUCGCAGAUGUUAUGAUCCUGACUGUUUUCUGCCUGAGUGUGUUUGCCCUCAUUGGUCUUCAACUCUUUAAAGGACAUUUGAGACACAAAUGUGUCAAGAACUACACGGAAUAUAUCAGCCAGAGUAUAUCCAAUGAAACAUCCUUUUCAUCUAAACAGAACUUGACUCCGUAUGAGAAUUUUACCAAUAGCCCAGUGAAUUACAUAAAUAAGAGUGGCACUGAGGAGUAUUUAUUGUGCAGCAAUGCUUCAGAUGGUGGUUCCUGCCCGCCAAAAUACGUAUGUCUGAAGGUUGGUGAAAAUCCUGACUUUGGGUACACAAGCUUUGAUACGUUUGGUUGGGCCUUCCUUUCCCUGUUCCGCCUCAUGACGCAGGAUUACUGGGAACGCCUCUAUCAACAGACUCUCAGAGCUACUGGGAAGAUCUAUAUGCUGUUUUUCAUGUUGGUCAUAUUUCUGGGAUCAUUCUACCUGGUCAACUUGAUCUUGGCCGUGGUCACGAUGGCCUAUGAAGAACAGAGCACAGCCACUAUUGCUGAAACAGAAGCAAAAGAAAGGAAAUUUCGUGAAGCCAUGGAGAUGCUGAAGAGAGAACAGGAGGAAUUAACUGCGAAAGAAAACGACAGCAUGUCUCAUAGCUCAUUUGAAGUGUCACCUAUAGGUUCUAAAGAGGUCAAAGAAAGAAGCAACAGAAUGAAAAAGUUGUCUUUGGGGAUGGAAGAUUAUGGGGAAGACCCCAAAACCCCAAAGUCACAGUCUAGUGACAGCUAUCGGAAACAGUCUCUCAUUAGCCACAGUUACGGUCCUAGUUCAAACCCAUCUAAACGCCGACCAAGUCAUGGAAGUGUAUUCAAUUUCCAUGUAUCUGGCCGAGAUGCUGGUUCAAGGGCUGAGUUUGGGGAGGAUGAAUCUAGCAGCAUUGGGGAGAUGGAGAUCCAGCACAGCACACUGCUGGCUGCACGAAUGGGAAGGCGUCCAAGCAUCCAAAGUCAAAUCAGCUACAGUCCUCGGCUGACAGCUCCAAACUGCGUGCAGCCCAGCAGAUGGGCCACUGGAGACGAUUGCAAUGGGGUGGUUCCAUUGAUGGGGGGCAGUGGAACAAGGCCAUUUAACAUGGAUCCCAUUUCCAGCGAAGGGUCAUUACUUCCUCCGGUUAUGGAAAAUCCUGGGAAAGGAGAUCUGAUUUUCACCGGAAUUUUCACUGCAGAAGUGAUCCUGAAAAUCAUUGCACUGGAUCCCUAUUAUUAUUUUCAGCAGCGCUCAAAUAUCUUUGACAGUGUGAUUGUCUUCAUAAGCAUCAUUGAGCUGAGCAGUGAACCCAAAGAGAAUAAGGCAUCGGGGAAAAAAGGCAGCAGGAAAGGAAACUUUACAGUUUUACGGACCUUGAGGCUGAUGCGAGUCUUCAAGUUGGCGAAGUCUUGGCCAACCUUAAACACCCUUAUUAAGAUAAUUUUAAACUCAGUGGAUGCUCUGGGCAACCUCACCCUCGUUUUGGCCAUUAUUGUCUUUAUCUUCGCUGUAUUUGGAAUGCAGCUAUUUGGGGGCAACUAUAAGAUUCAUUGUAAGAAAUUGGCCGAUGACUGCAAACUACGAUGGCAUAUGCAAGAUUUUUUCCACUCCUUCCUUGUUAUAUUCCGAAUUUUGUGUGGAGAAUGGAUUGAAACCAUGUGGGGUUGCAUGGUGGUCAAUGAGCCAUCAAUGUGCUUACUUGUCUUCUUGCUGGUCAUGGUGAUUGGAAAUUUAGUGGUGCUCAACUUGUUCAUUGCCCUGCUGCUGAACUCGUUCAGCACUGACAACCUCCUCCAACUCCCGGAAGACGACCGAGAAACGAACAACCUUAAAAUUGCCUUCGCUCGGAUCCACCGAGGGCUGCAUGCAGCAAAACAGGCAAUGUUGGCUUUUUGUUUCAAAGCACUUGGGUACAAGCGGAAGGCAGCUCAGAAGAAAAUAAAAUGUGAAUCUGAGAAGAACGGGCUGGAGCUUAGAAAAGAUCUCCCGAACUUCAAGGAGAGUCGUGGUAACAGAGAGAUUGAGAAGAAUGGGGAGAGGUGCUCAGUUAAUAUCCCGGAUGAUUUCAUCAGCAACCCCAAUGUGUUUGUCUGUGUUCCUAUUGCUGCCCCUGAGUCCGAUAGCGAGGGUUCUGAAGAUGCUGGUGAGAAGCAGGGGGCAGCCAUGGAGACAGAAUACACUGAGAAGAGAGAUGGCAUCAGCUGUUCAGAAGGCAGCACCGUGGACCUAGCAAACUCAGAAGAAUUCCUGAAGCAGAUCCCUGAACUAGCUGAGGACUCGGAGCCAGAUAAUUGUUUUCCCGAAAAAUUUGCUCAGCGUUAUCCUUGGUGUAUGGUGAACACUGAAAAGUUUCCAGGCAGAUUAUGGUGGAACCUAAGAAAGACAUGUUACCGAAUUGUAGAGCACAACUGGUUUGAAAGCUUCAUUGUGUUCAUGAUUCUGCUGAGCAGUGGAGCUCUGGCAUUUGAAGAUAUACACUUGAGUGAGAGACCAAAUGUUAAAAUCAUGCUGGAUUAUGCCGACAAAUUGUUCACUUACAUCUUUAUCCUGGAGAUGCUGUUGAAGUGGGUGGCUUAUGGAUUCCACAAAUAUUUCACAAAUGUUUGGUGCUGGCUUGAUUUCAUAAUUGUAGAUGUCUCCUUAGUAACCCUCGUAGCAACUUUGGCCGGAGAAUCUGACAUGGGUCCCAUAAAGUCUCUCCGGACCCUAAGAGCUUUGAGGCCAUUAAGAGCCCUGUCACGAUUUGAAGGGAUGAGGGUGGUGGUGAAUGCUUUGGUAGGCGCCAUCCCAUCUAUUAUGAAUGUUCUUCUGGUCUGCCUCAUUUUCUGGCUCAUCUUCAGCAUUGUGGGAGUCAACUUGUUUGCAGGAAAGUUUGGAAAAUGCGUUAACAUGACUGAAGAAAAUGCCAGCAUAAAUGAGACCAUAAUUACUAACUUGAGUGACUGUAAGGAGCACAACAGUACCGAUGGGAUAUUAUAUUGGACUACAGUUAAAGUGAAUUUUGACAACGUUGGCUCUGGCUACCUGGCUCUUCUCCAAGUGGCAACUUUCAAAGGUUGGAUGGACAUAAUGUAUGCAGCAGCAGAUUCAACUGAUGUGGAAUACCAGCCCAAAUGGGAAGCUAACAAAUACAUGUACAUCUAUUUUGUGAUUUUCAUCAUCUGUGGCUCCUUCUUCACUCUGAACCUUUUCGUUGGUGUCAUUAUUGAUAAUUUUAAUCAACAGAAGAAAAAGUUUGGUGGAGAAGACAUCUUCAUGACGGAGGAACAAAAAAAAUAUUAUAAUGCCAUGAAAAAACUGGGGUCCAAGAAACCUCAAAAACCCAUCCCACGGCCACUGAACAAAUACCAAGGAUUCCUCUUCGACAUCGUAACUCGCCAAGCUUUCGAUGUUGCCAUCAUGGCCCUCAUCUGCCUUAAUAUGGUCACGAUGAUGGUGGAGACAGAUGACCAGUCUGAAGGAAAGACAUUCGUUCUUAACAAAAUAAACACCCUCUUUAUCGUCAUCUUCACAAUAGAGUGUGUCAUGAAGCUGGUGGCUCUGAGAUACUACUAUUUCACCAACGGAUGGAACAUUUUUGACCUUGUGGUCGUGAUCAUGUCAAUUGUCGGCAGCCUGCUUUCCGGCAUUGUGGUUUCAUUUUCACCUACACUUUUCCGGGUGAUACGUCUGGUGCGAAUAGGGCGCAUACUCCGCUUGAUCCGAUCCGCCAGAGGGAUCAGGACUCUUCUCUUUGCCCUGAUGAUGUCCCUCCCUGCAUUGUUCAACAUUGGCCUCCUGCUUUUCCUAGUCAUGUUCAUUUACGCCGUUUUUGGCAUGGCCAACUUUGCCUACGUCAGAAGGGAGGCUGGGAUUGAUGACAUGUUCAACUUUGAGACCUUUCCCAACAGUAUGCUGUGCCUCUUCCAAAUCACCACGUCUGCCGGCUGGGAUGGACUCCUCAGCCCCAUAUUGAACACUGGGCCUCCAUUCUGUGACCCGAACCUCGGCAUGACGUCAACUUUCUCCAAGGGUGACUGUGGGAGCCCAGCUGUAGGCAUCCUGUUCUUUGUCACUUACAUAAUUAUAUCCUUUCUCAUAGUUGUAAAUAUGUACAUUGCAGUUAUUCUGGAGAACUUCAAUGUUGCCACAGAAGAGAGCACUGAACCUUUAGGUGACGAUGACUUCGAAAUGUUUUAUGAAGUGUGGGAGAAGUUUGACCCUAAAGCUACCCAGUUUAUUUCAUUCUCUGAACUUUCUAACUUUGCUCAUACUCUGGCAGAGCCCUUGCGCAUACGGAAGCCAAAUGUGCGUGAGCUGAUGGCUAUGGAUCUUCCCAUGGCAACUGGGGAUAGGAUCCACUGCUUGGACAUCCUCUUUGCUUUUACCAAAAGGGUUCUCGGAGACUCUGGAGAGAUGGACACCCUUAAGCAACAAAUGGAGGAGAAAUUCAUGGCAGCAAACCCAUCCAAGGCUUCUUACGAACCAAUCACCACCACGCUCAGGUGGAAAUAUGAGGAGGCAUCUGCCACUGUUAUACAGAAGGCCUUCCGGAGUCAUUUGCUGCAGCGUUCCAUGAAGCAGGCCUCUUUCUUACACCGACACAAAACCAGCGACGGAGAUAUCCUUGACGAAGAUGCUCCGGAACAAGAAGGUCUCCUUGCACAGCUAAUGAAUGAAAACUAUAUCACAGACACAGACAAGUCCCACACAACAUCCUUGGAAUCUAUUCCUCCAUCCUACCGCAGUGUUACUGGAGAACUUGAUGAUGCCUUUGAGGGGGAAGCGGCAGUGUCUCCUAAAAGUGACAAAGCUAGAGAUGGCCAGCUGUUUACAGACAAAGGCAAGAGGUCUAAUGUGUAGACGCUCGUCAAGCACACCUUUAAGCAGACACAGUGCCACUCAGACACCAAGCAAUGGUUCUCUUAUUGAGGAAUCCAAGAAGACCCCACCCCCCUCACAUUAUGAACACCUGCCAUUUUUUUACCAUACUACCUUUAGCACUGCUCAUUUUUUUUCUAGCUGCAUGAAAAGGAAAGGAUCUGUGAAAGGUUAUCAUAAUCUUUAUGUUAGAA